AUGGAAUGACUAGAAUGUUUACAUGUGAGAAUAACAGAUCAAUACGAGUGUUACUGCUAUAUUGUGGGCGUCUGUACAACUUUAUGCCCAAUAUUCCAUUUUCAUUAAACAGAAUUGUGAUCGACUGAAAACUUGUUGUGCAAGACUUACUUUGAUUAAAUGUUAUUACUUGUAGCACCUUAUCGAUAAAUGGAAUGAGAGAUAGUGGUUCAAUAAAACAUUCUGUUUAUCAAAUUGAGGAACAUUUUUGUGCAUCUGUUUUAUUGUUAAAAUGAUGAUAGCGUUGUAAGAUCAAAUAUUCCAUUUCAUUGGCAUACAUGUGGUGAUAACUGUUGAAUGAAAAUUAGAAAAAGACGGAUAUAAAAAAGACGGAGAUAAAAAACACGGAUAUAAGAAAAAGACGGAGAUAAAAAAAGCAGUUCAGCGAGGAGUUAAGGAUAUUUUGGUUCAGUUUUACUGAAAAUGUCUUCAGUGAUUUUGCUUAAAUAGAAUAAAGGGAACUUUAUUUUUGUGUUAAUGUUCAUCCGAAUAAAACACAAAUCAUUAGUUGUUAAGAGAGGUGAUGAUUGAUGGGUCAUAUAUCAGUUGCACGUGCCUUAUCGGUUCGUUUGUUGUUCGCUUCGCAUGGUGUCGUCUCAAUAUGGCGACUUGCUGACGUCACAAAUGACAACAAAUUCUGGUAUCUAUCAGGAACGCUGGCUCUUCUCUUAUUGGAAGCUUUGAUUACGUUGGUCAAAAGACAAGGAAAGGAAUGGAAAUGGUUUUGUCCAAGUGUAUUUAUUUAUCUGUUGACGUCUGUACCAGCUAUCUGGUUCCUCGAGCUGCAUGAAUUUGACAAACGUGUGGAAAUUAUUGAGCAAGCAAAUGCAUUGGCGAAAUCUUCGAACAAAACGAUUUAUUUUAUCAAUGGCCGUCAAGAAUUACAAGAUCUUAGUUCUCAAAUUGGUUCAAUACUUGGGGUAAGAUUUGAGGUUCGGAUACCGAUAAAGUUGACCCCUGAUCAAUGGAUAAGAAUGCUGGAACAGAUGUUAUUGUUGAUCUUGAUUCUAGGGAGAUGGUUACUACCAAAAGGAAAGUUGACUCAUAAUCAACUUUCGCAGUUAUUACUGGUUUAUAUAGGAACGGCCGCUGAUAUUGUUGAGUUCUUUGAAGCAUUUAAGGAAAAAGAGGUGCGACACCACAAAAUACUGUGCAUAAUCAUUUUAGGUAUUUGGUCGUUGAGCCUAGUUCAAUUUUCAUUAGUUCUGACAGCCUCGCGAGCUGAGAGAGAUCGCAAUAAACAAUAUCUUACAAAGCUAGAUAAGGGACGUUACUGCCGCUGCUGUCACGCAGAUGUGUUUGGAAUACUUAUCUCCAUUCUUUUGCAAGAUUUACCUUUCUUGGUCUUGCGUAUGCUUCUCAUCUUUAAAUAUAAUGUGUUAAGUUACACAAAUAUGUUCUUCACUUCGAAGAAUACGCUCGUUAUAGCUUUGCUGAUAUACAGAUUAAUAGUGCUAUUUAUAAACAGGAACGAGCCAGACAAAGACGUGACAAUUGAAUCGAAUAACGGAGACAUAUCUUUAAUUCCGGAAACAAGUACAUUCAGGAGAACAUCGGAAAAACGAAGACAACUUUUGGAAUUUUACGUCAGUGACAAUUUUGAUAGAUAUCAAAGUCGACCAUCAUCACGUGAAUAUGAAGUUAGACCUGAAACCCAUAAGUGGGGUCGUGCGUAUUCGUUUGAAUUGGUGCAAAUGUGAUGUUGGAAAUUACUCUAUCUUGUAAAAUAUUAACAUAUCAGUCGUAAUCUGUCUUUCUUGUAUUGUUAACAAUUUAACAUGUUUAUCUUUUAAAUGACUUAUUAAUUAGUGCGAUUUUGUCUUUUUAACAUAAUUACAAGGAAUAAAUAUAUUAAAAAGACAGAUUGUUUAUUAGUCGUUUAUUGUCAUACAUCAAUGUCACUUUUAUCAUUUCAUGAUUUAAGUCAGGUAGUCUAUUUGUUAUCAGUUUAGGUAAAAAAAGAUAUCACCAUGCAUAAAUUAAGAUCUAAAUCAUUUUCCAACAAUGUG